CGUCGCAGGAGCGGUCGUGCUGGCUUUUGUGGUUUGCUGGCUGCCCUAUCACGUGCGGCGACUUAUGUAUUGCUACGUGCCAGAAGAUCAGUGGACCGACUUCCUUUAUGACUUCUACCACUACUUUUAUAUGCUGACGAACAUCCUCUUCUACGUCAGCUCAGCCAUCAAUCCGGUCUUGUACAACCUCGUGUCAGCCAACUUUCGCCAAAUCUUCCUCUCGACGCUCAUGUUUGUGUGCCUGCCGUGGAGGAAGAAGAAGAAGAGAACAAAGUUCAACCGGAAGUCCAACAGCAUUUCCAGCAACCAUACCUUUUCUAGCCAAGUCACCAGGGAAACCACAUACUAAGACCUGGGCAUUGCCAAAGGAAGGAGAGAACGCGUUGUCUCGAUUCGAGAUUGAAUUGCAUCUUGCGAAGAGGGCUGUACCGCUUUUCGACAUGGCCUCCAAAAUUCACCAUAGCAUGAAUGUGUUUCGCUGGUUGUCCUACCUUGGAACGAGCAGAUGUUCGUUCUACUGGUUAAAUGUGGGGUUAUUUUAAUGCAUCGGCCUUUGCCUCUAGUGAGUAACGUCUCCAUGUUUUGUGACCUUGAACCAGCAUAAAAAGUCACCUGUGACAUCGUUGAGGAAGCCAUAGCAAUUGUUGCGUCAACGCUGGCCAAGCUUGAACGUCUUUUUGUCCUGCCGUACAUCAGUCUCUCCACUUAGAAAGGGCACAGGAACAUUGAAAAGGUGGAGAUCUCCGCUUCUGGGAUUGUAAACUGACACGGAGGGUGGGUAAUUGCUUUUGUGGAGGGCAUUUUUUUUUUUAUCGAGAAGGAAUUGUUGCGGUUUUGGGGGGGAAGGGAAUCGUAUCCGACUGGUCUUUCUAGAAAGAGGAAUGUAAACUGUUCAAUUAAGAAGGGCACGCAAUACUCAAGGAAAGAGUCUAAAGUCGUAUUCAAGGAAUUAGAUCUGAACUCAGUGGAGGGCGGAGUGUUUGGGAAAGCCAGCGUCCAUUCCCAGUUUUUCAGAAGGUGGAAUGCCUUGGUUGGUCCAUGGUGCCACCUUGGGCUCAGCUUCGAAGAGCAACCUUUCGUGUGUGGGCUUUUCAACCCAGGAAAUUGUCUUCUUUCAUUCUGAAUGUGCCUGUCACGGAGGGCCUCCGCUCCUUGAUAAAUGCCUCCGGUCUAUGCUACAAGAUUUAAGUAUCUUUAUACAUGGAACAGCGAUGCUAUUGGCAGAAAGGGGGUGCCCACUAAGCCCGUCCAGUGGCAGAGAGUACCCACAUCUUUUGCUUACUGUUGACAUAGACUUGGGGUUAAGGUGACGCGCUCAGCUUGGAUGCAUGAUCAUGAUUGGCGGGUGUGCGACCUUUGUAUUGGUGCCAACAGGUUAUGAGUUGGGCUGAACGUAUGGGAGGAAAAGUCGCCGCUUAGAGAACUUGAUAGUGGACGAACUGGGAGGGAAUGAGGCAGGAAGUUAGAAAACGGUACACAGAAUUGUAUAUGGGGGCCGUAGUCCAUAGCCAAGCAGGGUUGGAGCUGUGGCUCAGUGGUACACCUCCUGCUUUGCAUACAGAAGGCCCCAGGUUCCAUUCCUGGCAUCUCCAGUUAUAAGGAACACAUAACAGAUGAAACUGAGACUUUGGAGAGCAGAAGAUACUAACUUUG